GCCGCAGGUACGACGGUCCUCGCGUAGCCUCCUCUCUCUGUCUCCUGUGUUGCUUCUCGGUUUUAUUGUGCAUGAUCAUAUUGUUGCUCCCAGCGUGAGGAGAGGUGUUAGUAGUGGUGGGCGGCAGUGUUACGGUGGUAGUGAUCAAGGGCACCACAACACCGUUCCUAAAUAUUUACAGUAGUGAUCGUGCCAUGUAAGGCGGCCUCAUGCCUAGUCGCGGGUUUUUCUCGCGGGCGGUGCACUCCAGCAGCUCGGUGAAGCCUGGACCCGCGUCCCUCCCGCCGGGCAACUCUCAGGUGCCCCAUCCUAUAUACCCGGGUUCUACUCCUCAUAUAAAUAAAAAUGGUGGUUGGUGGGGAGUCCCUCCCUGGCUACACAGAGGCAACAAGGGCCUUCCUCGCCACAACUCAGGACCCAUUCCUCAGGUGUCCCCAUCAGGACCUUCAUCUUUUCCGGGCACCUCACCCGGCACUAUCAUCAGCACCCUCCCUGGCACCCUCCCAGGGACUCUUCCCGCCAGUCUUUCAGGCCCUCACCCUGGAAUCCACACCAGCACCCUCCCAGGCCGCACCAGUCAUCACCCAUACUAUCACCAUCACCCGCAUCACCAUGACCAAAAACAUCAAAAACUUAAUGUAGACCAUAAACAUCUUCAAAAGGUUGAACAGAAAAAGCAUCAACAGCAACUCUAUAAGAAUCAGCAGCAGCAACUUCAGCUUCAACAAGUGUCGUCUCGUGCCCCGUCGGUGUUAGGGUCUAGGCCACCCUCGGUGUUGGGGUCUCGGCCACCUUCGGUGUUGGGGUCUCGGCCACACACCCCUCAUGACCCCUUCAUAACCAACGGGUCAGAUAAUGGGCCACAGUCAUUGCCAUCCACAUGGCCGACACCAGUGCACCACGACCGAGAAGAGCAAGUUAUCCAACACCAGCAACAAGACCUCCUGCACCAGCACCACCACCAGCCGCUACAAGAACAACAACAGGAGAAGCAGGAACCAAAGAGAAAUGCUGCGCUAAAUCAGCUGAAGGUGGACCCAGAGCUGAUUUUCACCAAACAAGAGAGAAUUGGCAAGGGAUCCUUCGGUGAAGUGUUUAAGGGCGUAGACAAGCGUACUACGCAGGUGGUUGCUAUCAAGAUUAUUGAUCUAGAAGAGGCUGAGGAUGAGAUCGAAGACAUUCAGCAGGAGAUUAUGGUUUUAUCCCAGUGUGACUCUCCUUAUGUUACUAAGUAUUAUGGCUCCUACCUUAAAGGUACAAAAUUAUGGAUCAUCAUGGAAUACCUUGGUGGUGGGUCAGCACUUGACUUGAUGAAGGCGGGGAGUUUUGAAGAAAUGCACAUUGCUGUUAUACUACGUGAAGUUAUCAAAGGGUUAGACUAUUUACACUCCGAAAGAAAACUUCACCGUGAUAUAAAAGCUGCCAAUGUAUUGCUGAGUGAGAUGGGAGAUGUAAAACUAGCAGAUUUUGGUGUGGCAGGUCAGUUGACAAAUACAACCAGCAAAAGAAAUACAUUCGUCGGCACUCCAUUCUGGAUGGCUCCUGAGGUCAUCAAACAAUCUGCGUAUGACUCUAAGGCAGACAUUUGGUCAUUGGGGAUCACAGCCAUUGAAUUGGCCAAGGGAGAGCCACCUAACAGUGAUCUACACCCAAUGAGAGUUCUCUUUCUCAUACCCAAGAAUAACCCUCCACAACUUACUGGGAACUAUAGCAAACCUUUUAAAGAAUUUGUAGAGGCAUGUUUAAAUAAAGACCCAGAAAAUAGACCAACUGCCAAAGAAUUGCUCAAGUUCCCAUUCAUCCGCAAGGCCAAAAAGAAUGCAUACCUCAUGGACUUAAUAGAUAGGUAUAAGUCCUAUAAGAAGAAUUGCACUGAUACAGACACUGAUUCUGAUCCAUCUGAUUCUGAGGAUAGUCGCGUUGAAAGUGAUGUUGAAGAUCCAGCAUGGAUUAUGACCGUAAAAGGUCCUCCUGGUGGAUUGUCUCCAACUAGUAAACAGGAGGGAAUUCCAGCCACCACCACAUCACCGCUAUCCUCAUCUCCACCAAUUCAGUUUAAUAAUCUCCCGGCCUCAUCUGUGUCUUCCUUGGCUCACUCUCCACCCAAAGAAAAUAAUGGUGUAGUUUACAGAGAAAAAACAUCAUCUCCGACACGUCCAACAUCAGUUGCACCACCACCUCCAAAUGAAAAUGAGAAGCGUAGAGAUUCGCGUCACAUGGAUCACAGAACUUCACGAGAUAUGGACAUAUCUCCACGGUCAAGUGAACCACAUACAAAUGGUGAUGAUCGGCGUCUCUCACGGGAGUUAACAGAUAUGAGAAUUGAAUCAGAAGAUUCUCGGAAUGAUAGUGACCGUCCAGACAGAAAUGAAUUCAAUGACAGACGCCACAAUCGAGAAGUCCACCAUCCAAGGGACAAUAGAUCAAGUUUAGUGGAUGGUCGGGAGGUAAGGCGGCCAGAACAUCGUCUCACUUCUUCACACCCGCCACCUCCAAGAGCAAAAUCCCCUCCACCAACUACUAGCAUAUUAUCUGGUGUUGUGUUACCACUUAUAUCAGAGCUUCAACGUCGCCAUCGACUUUCUGGUAGGAGUGGAGAGUCCCAUCGCACAGAUGCUAUUGAGGAACUCAAAUCAGCAUUUGAGUCUGCAGAACGAUCAAGCCCAGGAGUUACUGAUGCUUUUAUUCGUGACCUAUUUUCAAAACUUCUCCCAAAUAUGACUGAAGCAAGGAUCAGGCAGGCACAUGAGAAUUUAAUGCGGUGAAGUUCUGGUAAAAUGUUUGUGUAUGAGGACCAUAGAAAACUACAAAUACAUGUUGUUUAUCAGUGAUACUUAAUUUAUCUCAUGAUGUUCAACAGUUUACACUUAGAAAACUCACAAGAAGGCUAUAUAUUUCAGUAUAUUGAUAGUGGAACAAUCUUGGAGCAGGAACUAAUAAAUUUCAAGUGCGACCUUGCCCCUACAUCUUCCACUUUUCAUAUCUCGAGUGAUAAUAGUCUUUGUACUCCAAUUUUCUUCCUCUCCCUGCCCUCUGACAAGGUCAUUUACUCAGGGCUAUUUGGGGACUCCAGUGAAGAAGGCAGGAAGAUUACUGCUCGUAUAUAGCAGUAAGUCCAUUGUAUGAGAAAAGUGAACAAAAAUUGAUGGGAGUAUGUAUUAGUUGUUUUACUUUAUUAUUUUUAUCAUUAUUAUUAUAGAAAACUACAUGAAUACAGGAUUUAAAUAAGAGGAUCAGGGAACCUCUAAAGACAAUGGGAAAUAUGUUCCCCGUGACAAAAUAAAACCAUGAGCACCGUGGCAUUGUACAUAACCCAUGACCUCAGUGCCUCACAUGCAGUGUCUUGAUUGGUGCCCGUACAUGGAUGGGCAGAGUGCAGCAGCAUCCAGUUCCCCGGUAAUAGAAAAAAAAUGAUUAAGUUAUAUUCCUGUUUAUGUAUGCUUACAGGUAACAUGGGAACAGGAAUGCUAUUUCCUUUAUUUUUGUUUAUUUAUUUAUUUUUAGUUUUUCAUGGUGAAACCUGCCUUUAUAAUUCCAAAUUCUAGUGAACCAAUGAGAUAAUGUUUUAUGGGAGGAAGAGGUAAGCCUCUUGAAUAGCUGUGUACUAUACUAGUGUAUAUACCCUGUGUAAGUCAGUGAAGUUAAGUGUGUCUGAAAUGUGUAAAUACUUGCCCCAUUUUAACCAUACUAAAUCAAAUCUAGUUUGGUUGAUACAAAUGGACUCCAGCUCCCACCCUCCUGAUGAUCCAUAUCAGUAGCUAAUCACUGCUUGGUAUAAUUUCUAAAUUAUUAGUCGUGUGAUUUUCUUUGGAACAGUGAACUCGCUAAAAUUGUCUUUAGGGAAAGUUUACUAAUCUUGAAAUUUUUACAAGAUCAUCAUAGUCAAUUCAGGCAUAUAUAAGCUAAUUUUUAAUUUUUGGACAGACUUUAGUCUCUCAAAAUUUCAAAUAAAGGCUCAAGAUCAGUGAUUGUGCCCCAUCUCUGCCAUACAUCCCUUUGUGAUACUUGCCCAUUUUUAGUAGCCAAAGAUGGUACUAUUUAUUUCUUGUUAUAAGACACUUGUUCUUUGAAGUGUCAAAGACAUUGUAGGUUGUAUCCAAUUCUGAAUUAUUUUAAUUUUAUAAGCUAUGAUGCAAGUUUGCCUUAGAAAAAAAUUCCUAACUUGAAACCAACAUUCCAGUAAUGGUGAUUAUCUUCAGAAUGAGAGUAGAUUUGAUUUCACCUAGUCCUACCCUGGUAAUGUUUUUUCCAGCUAUCUGAAAAACAUACAUAUGCUUACCAACAAACACACACACACACACACACACACACACUAGAGAUUAGAUAAAUAGUAUAUGCUCUUUUGUGAUCUUAUAUAUAUAUAUAUAUAUAUAUAUAUAUAUAUAUAUAUAUAUAUAUAUAUAUAUAUAUAUAUAUUGAUAAA